CGGAAGGAGAAGCUCCCCUGUUUUUCUCAGCGAGAACUGCGUAGAUGCCGUGUCUCGUCAACCAGAAGCGACAAAAACGGGCAAACAGUGCCGUCUCGGCCUCUGAAUCGAAAGUUUCUUUAGCUGCGAGUUCAGUCUUCUCUCUCUCUCUUCCAAUGUCGCUUGCUUUGUCUUUCGUUUGCUGCCCUGCCUCGCAGUGUCGCUUCUCCUCUCCUUGCCUUGUCGCAUCCAGAGGCUUCUGCGCCUCGCCUGUCUCCAGUCGCAGGGCCCCUGGCCCCCCGAGCUCUGUUUCUUGUCUUUUCCUCCUUGUCUCUUCUUUCUAAGGAGCUCCCUCCCCCAUGUCGCCUUGCUCCUCCGCGCUUGCUCAGACACAUCUCGGUGCCUGCAGUCACUCUCUGCCUCUGUUUAUCGGGAGUUUUCCUUCGGCUCUUUCUCUAGGUCCUUCCAGCUUCUCUGUCCACAGUUAGUUGUCUCCUCUCGUCUUCUUCUCCUCUUCAGCCGUCGUCGGCUCUCCCACACAACUCUCCGUCUCGCCACCAUUUCUCUCUCUUCUCCUUUCUUCUCCCCUCCCCUGGAUCCUCCGUGACGUCGGCGAUAAAGCGCAUUCCUCUUUUCAUGUGCCUCUCUUCUUCUCCCCUCUCUGCUCUGCUCUUCUUCUCCUCUCUGUGAUCAGCUGUUCUUCCGCGUCCUCCGCGUCCGUCUCUCUGUUCCUUUCUCUGCUUCCCUUCCUCUCCUCCAGAGCGCUCCCUCCGUCGCUCUCCUUCUCGCGGCUGCUCGCUACUCCGGCAGCUCCAUCCUCUUCGCUUCUUCGGCUGCUCGACGCGUCUAGCGCGCGCGCCACCGGUGCAUGCAGCGACUGUGCGCGAAAGAUCCAAGUCUGUGCAAGUGCUCGCAGAAAGCCGGAAGCGGUGGCCAUGCGCGGGGAGACAAACAAAAACGUCCGAGAAAUGACGUGAGCGGCGCGACUGAAGACGAGAAAGGGACAACGCCGACGCAGACGCACCACGCGGACGCGACGCGGGAGGUGUCUCGAUACCGGCGAAGGAGUCUCCUUCCUCGGCGAUUCAGACGGACACAAUGAGGGAGACGUUGAGCUCUUCUCUGAGGUCUAUGCCUCACAGACGAUGUCGACCCUCCUCUUCGUUGAGCUGGCCUCGUCUCUCUGUCUCUCGUUUCUCUCAUUGUGCUCUUCUCCCUACUCUUUCUUCACCCUCUCCCCAGUUGCCAUCCAUCUCUCUCUCGUCUUCCUCUUCAUCUUCCUCUUCUUCGUCUUCCUCUUCUUCGUCUUCUUCAUCUUCGUCUUCUUCUUCUUCGUUUUCUUCUUCAUCGUCCUCUUUUGCUUCUUUCUCGCUGUCGUUUUCUCCUUUGUGUUCGCUUGCGUUCCGCUGUCCUCCCUCUGCUCCUGCAGCCUUUCGUUUUUCUUCUUCGCCGUCGCCUGGGUCUCUUCAGUGUGGGCCAGAGCGAAGCGCGAAGCCUCUGCACUUUCCGCGCUCAGCCAUCGGGGUGUCCAGACACUUUGGCUCGAGCCCAGCCGCUUCCGCUGCACCGUUUGAAGACUUCGACUUCACCUUUUGCCCUCCGACGCGCCGGCGUUGGAGGCCGCCGAGACGCCCGCGCUCCGCUGCUCCUGCUUGUGCAGGCUUGCGCGACGACGAGGCUUCGGUGCGUUUUCGGUCAUCUGCUUUCCCUGAGUCAGAGCCUGCGCACAGUGUCCGGGAGAAAGCGUCGCGCGUCACAAAUGCAGCGGAAGAGGAAGAGGUCGAAGAGACAGCGAGGGAACUGCCAUACGGCUAUGCGACGCUUGACCAACUGCAGGGUCGCUGGGUGCGUCUCGCGCUGAAGAACGUCUUGGCCAGAACGCGACGACGCAGAGCCAAGUCUCUCUCUUCUUCUUCGUCCUGGUCGUCUUGCGAUGCUGACGAUCUCCGCGAGCGAGGCGCCGGAGACGACGCGUCUCUCACGCUUCUCUCAGACGUCUCCGUGCUGGACAAACUCCCCGUCUGGUGGACAGGAGGCCGCGAGGAGGCGCCGACCGCCGCCGCGUCUGAGGCAGAGAGCGAGGAUGUCUGCGGUGCGUCUCCGGCGGGGAACGCGACGUGGAAAGGCGAAGCGAAGAUGCCCACGGAGACGGAGAACGCCUCAGACGAAGACGGAGGCGAAAGAAGCGACAUGCGGCAGAGCGAGCCCCGGGGAGAGCGAGACAUGGAGAACACGAGUGACGCGCGGCCGUGGGCUGGGGUGUACGUACACCCAAAGUGCGUGAGGACUCUGGAGAAGCUGGAGCGGCUGCUGCCGCGCAUGGCGGCCCACGACGUGUGUUUGUGUCUGCGGUACUUAGCUGACGCGGAGCUUCUGGCGCUCCCCGUGAGUCUCGCGUGUAUGUACACCUUGCGGCAGAAGGCGGAGGAGCUGUCGGCGCGGGAGAUCGGCGUCGUCUGCGGGACUUUGAGCAACUCGUUUUUCCGUCGCAUCUCUGCACAGCUGGCCCGAGAGGCGCGUCUUUCGUCCGGAGAGGCGCGCGCGAGGAAGACGCAUUUCCAGUCUCCUCCGAGGUUUCCACGCAGCAUCUCCGAGUCGCGAGACUCCCGCGAACGCGCCGCCCGCCGCCCAUGCCAAGCCACGCCCAAGGCGGUCGCGAGAGGCUUCGAGGAGACAGCGAAGCUCGGCGAGCAAGCCGAAACCGAGGCCGAAGCUGCAGGAGAGAAGAGACGGCUCGGGGAGCGGGAGGCCGAAGAGGACAUGAAGCCAGCGGGGACUCUAGGAAAGCGAUGGACGGCAGAGGGAGACUCCGAGAACGCGCGACGACAGCGACAGCUGCUCGAGGCGCUCCUCGGAGAGAAAGAAUUGACUUUGAGAAAGCUGAAGCAAGUCGUGAGAGCCAAGUGCCAUGAUCUCCACCAUGCCGAUGAUGUUUGCACUGUCCUCUGGACCUUCCACGGUCACGGCCUUCUCUCGCCUUCGCUUCUGUCCGCAGUGCGGCGUCUCCUUAUGGAGCGCUUGAGAAAGCAUCCCGACACGAUCUCCGCGACCGCGUCUGGCCUUCCGGCGUCUGUCUCUUCGUCCUCUUCUCUUUCUCCUUGUUCUUCUUCUGAAUUUAUGCAGUCGCUUCUGCCUCGCCACGUCGCGAGUCUCGUCGCGCUUUUCCUCCGGACUGGGACGCUCGACCGCGAGCUGUUCAGAGCGUUGUGGGGUGCAUGUUUGUCGGAGAUUCCUGCGUCGUCCUUCUCGGCGAAAUGCCCGUCCUCGCCUGACUCGACCUCUGGCGGCCUCGGUCUGCGUGCGCCUCUGCUGGUCGACUGCGAGGCCGCGACAGCAAGAGAAAACGCGCAGACGAGGAACGCGCGAGCCGUCGGUUUGUGGCUGGCAGCGCGACUGCAAGAGAAAGAUCUCGCGCGCUUCACCGAAGGCCUUCUCUCUGUCACGAGUCCUCUGGGCGGCGGCCCGGGUGUGGGGUCUGCGCGAGAAGAGACAAAAGAAGAGACGCGUUGGAAAGAAGAAGAACGCGUUCUCGCGACGGCCCUGCAACUGGCGGCAGCUCGCAAGCACCUGUUGCUCUCUGGAUCGACCCUCUCGACGCUCCUCUUUGGCUUCGCGGCGCUAGGGAGUCAGCUUCCUGGGGUGUACGUACACCCAGAUUUGGCCUUCAGGGCGUCGACGCGCUUCGCCUGGAAAUCCGCCGAGUUUCCGCUCGCAGCCCAAGCGCAGUUUCUGUGUGCGCUGCCUGCUCUUUCUGGUUCUCUGCCGCCGGAUCCGCUCCUCGUCUCUGCCCUCGCGUCCUCUCUGACUCAGGCUCUCGGCUCCUCUGUCUCGAGUUCCUCGCCGGGCCUUCUGCCGCUCCUCUCUCUCUCGUGGGUCGCCGUCGCGGCUCUCUUGUCUCUCUUUCAACGCUCGUCCGCAGCGCAUGCAGUCGCUGCGGCUGCUAACCGCGAGCGGCACCGCCACCUCCUCGACAUCCUUCGUCACCUCCCUUCUUCCGCUUCUUCCGCUUCUUCCGCUUCUUCCGCUUCUUCUGGUUUUUCCGCUUCUUCCGCUUCUUCCGCUUCUUCUGGUUCUUCUGGUGCUUCCGGUUCUUCUGGUUCUUCUUCUCGCGUCUCCCUGUGCUCCUCUGCGUCGUCUCCCUGUAUUUUUUCGAGUGCUGUCGCCGACGCUGCUGAUCCUUCCUUUGCUCUUGCUUCCUCUCCUCUCGGCGCUUCCACGCAUUCAGCCGAGGCGCCAGUGGAGACGGACCAGAAACGUCUCUGCGUCGAGGACGCGUCCGGCGACCCGGCGGCGCACUCCCGCAUGAGCUGUGGGGUUUCUGAGGGCUCGGCCACACCUCCAAGUGUCUCCCUGGUCUCUGCGGAGGCCUCUUCGUCUUCAUCCUCUGUGGCCGGCAUCGAUGUUUCCUCUCUCCAGUUCCUCGACCCUCCGCCGGUGCCAUCGUCCGUUCUGCGGCACGCAGAAGCUGAACAGCAUCUGCUCGCGUUGAGAGACACCCUGGAGGUGACGACGGAGGCUCUGACCUUCCCGGCAGCGGCGCCUGUCUUCUCUCGGAAGGGCCAUGACCCUCGAGAAGGCCGUUGCCCAGAGACGUUGCGCCAGGGUGACUGCACACAUCUUUUCAAAGACCUCGAUGCGUGCUCUGUCUUCGCGCAGGCUGUCUUGUGGACGCAAGUCGCCGCAGCUGCCUGCAGCGCUCAAGCCUCUGAGAAACUCGUCUGCGGCGCCCUGGGGUGUGUCCGGAACCUCCUGGGCGCACCCGAGAGCCGCGGCGCCCUCGCAGGCAGCUGCCGAGCGGCCGCGGCCGCGGUCGUAGGGCUCCAGAGCCCUGAGACGCAAGUGGCGGCGGGCGUUCGGUCGCGGCUGCUGUCGCUCGCCGCGCUCUGGCACAACGUCAGUACCCUGAGAUGCAGAGAUUCUGGAGUGAUUUAUCCAUUGGUGGAGGCUGUCGACGCGGUCGCGGAAGCUGCCGGGGCGACCCCACAGUCCCCGCCGAGUUCUGAGGUGUCUCCGUUCGCCCGCGAUGCCCUCGCAACGGUCUCCGGGGGGGAACACCCGCUCACCACGCUCUUCGUCGAUCUCCUGCUGUCUGCAUGCGAACUCCAGGUCCUGGAUCUGCUCGCGGCCUCGACCAAAUACUUGCUUCUCCAGAGAGCCGUCGACUCUCUGCCGACUCUGUCGUCUUCGUCGCUGCUGCUGCUGCUCCAGAGCGCGCUGCUCCUGGCUGCUGAGGCCGCGACUGAGGUGCCGACGAGUGCACUGCCACAGCGGCGUCCUCUUCGCCCAGCGAGCCAGCAACUGGAUGCUUUUCUCGAGGCCUCAACUGCCGCGCCCCGCGCUCGGCUAGCCAACGCUGAGGUGUACGGUCACCUCCUCCCAUGUGUGAUGUGCGAGGCAGCGCGGCGGUUCCGGGCCGGAGCGUACAUCCCUCCGGCGCGGGAGCUGCCUCUGUGGCUCCUGGCCAGGCGCCUUCUGCUUGGGCCGCCGUUUCCUGCUUUGUUUGCGUCGGGAGAGCGGACGGAGGAGGCGCUCCGAUCAGUUGGCUCGGGCAGCAGGCGGGUGCAGGCGGUGGGGCCUGUGCAGCUCGCGUGGAACGUCCACGAGCGGCAAGGCGUCCGCGCCUUCCUCAAACACUUGGAGUGGCGUGAGGCGGCUGCUUCGGUGGACGCCUGCGUUCAAAGCAACCGCCUGCCGGCUCUCCUUCCGCUUCUCUAUUCGCCUUCGCCGGUAUUCUCGCCGGCACUGCCUCGCUCUCGCAGCCGCGCCUGUCAAGCGUCGGCGCCUGCGGAUCCGUCCAGAGCAGGUCGCCCAGACUUGCAACGGCAAAGCCGCUCAGAAUUCCACGGUCACGACGUCGGCGACUGCUGCUGGGUAGCUCGGCCUUCGUGGGCGUCGCGCUGGGUGUCUGCAGUCGCCAACGCCUUUGCGACUGCAUGCAGUCGAACUCGAAACCUGGCUGGCGUUGAGGCUUCCUUCCGGGGACGAAGCGUCCGGCCUCUGCAUGCAGUCGACCCGCAGAGCGAGUUCGAAGCGGAAGCAGCUACAGACACACUUCACCCAAGCCGCGGAGGCAGUCUGAUGCAGGCGAGGCAGGGCAGCGGGCCUGGCGCUCGCGUCGACGAGGCAGAGCAGCAGAGGCAGCAAGCGGCAGGCGACACAGACGAGGACGCGAUAGCUCAAGCGAUUGCAGCUGAGGUGGACAGACGCGGUAGAGGAGACAGAGGGGAGACGGGGGGAGAGGAAGGGGGUAGGGGGUCGGUCGCCAAGGGGGCUGGCGCGGCGACGAAGGCAAAUCGUUUCGUUGUUCUGCUGGCUCUGGAGGCGGCCAGGACGGCGACCAGGCCGAGUUCUGAGCUCCGUGUGACCCUCGGCCAGUGCGUUGUUGAAGGCACACAGAUGGACGGAAUCGCUCGCUGGGGAGACGGUCGCGUCUGGGGCGUUUUGCUGGACAGAGAAGAAUUUUGGUACCGGAGCAUCCAGUCCUCGCAGCCUCGAGGUCGCGACGCUAAGCCAUCCGCUGUGCUUCAGCUGUACGUACACUUGGUGACUCGGCUCGGUCGCUGUGGCGUCGCGAUUGUCAGGCGGCAAACCCCGCGUGACGUGGCGGACGUUUUGGAGGUUCUUCAGACCUCUUCUGCGAUUUAACCGGCGCCCCAGGUUCUCGGUUGCUUCACGGAGGAGGCGAAACGUUGACAAAACCUGCUGCUGCGCUCUGUCUCUUCAGAGGCGCGGUCUUCCAGAGCUUCAGAUGCUUCAAGCAAGCCUCUGGGAGUCGGUCUGGGAGGCCCCGAAGGUUCACUUGUCACUGGCGUGAGGGCAACCUUUGGGGCAUGGCCUCUGUGGUCUGCUCGGUUCUUAGACGUAGUGCGGUUCCUCACAUUCAGCGCUUUGUUGACUCUCCCCAGUUUAAUUGGCCGAUGCAAGAACGCGUCGCGCGGGACUUCAGAGCUUGCGUUGCCGUCGUUUCUAGAUUCAACCUGCAUGCAUCUCGUUGCGUCCGGACGCCGUGAUCGUGUCAGGUCCUGAGAGCGGCAUGUGGUAAUGCGUUGUCGGC